CAACUACAGUUGGUGCCCAACCGGGCUUUGAAUCAUUCUACGUGGGUGAAACGUCGCAGGAUGCAUGCUUAAAGUUUGCAAUGGAUGUAAAGAGAGAUUGGCACACGGCCAGGAGUUACUGCCAGUCAUUACAGGCUGACCUGGCUAAAUUAGAUGAAGACAAUCUACACUGGUCGGUCAUUAGUUACAUUCGCAGCCAUCCAGAGAUGUUAGACGAAGGAUUCCACAUUGGCUGCACUGACGAGAUUACAGAAGGAACAUGGCUUUGGUGGGACACAAUACCUGUAGAAAUGUUUACUGGUCACUGGUACCCAGGCCAACCUGACGGAGGAUACAAGGAGAACUAUGGCUGUCUUUACUACGAUGAUUUCUUGUAUAGUUCUUGCGUCAACGGCCAGAAACUCUAUACAAUAUGUAUGACUUAAUAUGCUUUACUAAACAGAGAAGUGUCCAGAAUGGGAUAAAACUUAUUGUGGAUUACCCUAAAAUGCCCUUAAAGCUAGUCUUUACACAUCUAUAGCCUUACUCUUCGAACAGCAUUACUUCCAACAUAAGAGUAUUGGGGAUAUUAAGUCGAGUUACUGAAAAUGGACUUGAUAAAAAAAAUCAGUGAUGAGAGUAGAACAUAAUACUUUAUUAAGAAGAAAACACUUUAUUCAUAAAUAUCGAUCAGGAUGUGUUUUAUGUAUAACUUUUUAAAAUUUGAUGGUCUGGAGCGUACCUAAACAUAAAAAGAUGAGUGAAAAUUCAAAUAUAGUCAAUGAGGGAAAAACUUCAAGUGAAAGAAACAUUAGUGGCUUUUUUUCAAGAUAACCAAAUAUGUAUAUUUUCCAUUUUGCCCUUUGGUAUAUGUAAAUAAGUGAAAGUGGUUAAUCCACUAAAAUGAUUAAA